AUUGCCCUGUUCUGUUCAUUCCCUCUAAAGUGUCUGGUCCUGGCCACUGUCAGAGACAGAAUAUUGGCACCUCUAUCAAUUCCGACAGCAUCUCCUAGGAAAAAAGCAGAUGGGACUUGAAUUUCUAGUGAAAAACAAUCCUCAGAACUAUUUUUUUUAAGAGAGGGGGGAGUGGGACCCAUCUCUUCUCGAGCCAUCCUUGUCCUGUAUAAAGACACAGAAAGGGGCACAAGCCCAUACUUUUUCCUUUGCCAGUCAUCUUUAAUACUCAAAAGCAGGCUGUGGGGAUUAUAAGUCCCAGCAUGCAAUGCUCCAUCGUUGGACUAAAGAAGAGAAUUGUAUGCUGGGAGUUGUUGUCUUUGUAGUACUCUCCUGGGACUGGUUACUAUGAAACACAAACCCCUUCACCCUAUAUGUGAUAUUUUGAUCCAGAUUUGUUUGUCCAGCAUCUCGUGUGUCGUGGCCCUGAUCCCUACUGCGAUUCAAAUAAUAGUUUGCUAGUGGCCCAUCUCCUCCUCCAGUUUGUCCUUGCAGUGAGAUUAUAACUCACUGUUUGUGCUGCCAGGGUAGCGCCUGUGAUUGGGAAUUCACAAACACUGGAUUGGGAUGUGCCUAUGGGAUCUGGCAGGAGGAGAAGCUGGGCCGAAAAUGCUGGGCCAAGUACAGAGGUUUCGAAGGUCAUCGUUAGCACUGCCCAUCUUGUUUCUCUGAGAACCAGCAGUGCAUUAUUUAUUUUAAAAUGGAAUAGCAACUGCAGUGCAAAAUGGCCAAAGAAUUGUCUCCUCUGGGCAGACCAUUCAUUCACUCCUGUAAUGGUACAUUUCUCCAGCCCACGGGGCCUGUUACCUGUCUUCUGAGCUGCACAUGGAAGGAGCUGAGGCCAGGCGUCACUAUGAAAUGAUGCUUGUGUUCAGAGUUGGUUUGGUUUCAUCAGCUGCAGGCCUCAGGGCUAGUGUGAGCCAGUGGGGAUGCAAAGGUCUCUCAGAGAGGCACGUAAGCUUUCCUGGAGCAUGUUCUCUCUAGGGAGUGGGAUCUGGUAGAAGUUAUGCUCUGCCUUUGCUGGGAGUGCUGCUGUCUAAGCCUGUUUGCUCUCUUGCAGGAUGGAGGGCUCCGAGGAUCUAGACAGCAACCUCCUGACGCAGCCUUGGGCUUCAGUUUGCUUUGGUGAAUCCACUUUUAUUGCCAAGGCUUGUUUCAGAGAAACCGGCUACGUCUUGCUGAUCUCUGACCUCAGCAGUGUAUGGUACGAGCGUGCAGACACGGAUGUCGUUGGGAAAAGGUCCAAGGAGCUGAACAAGCGGCUGACAGCCCAUGUGUCGUCUUUCCUGAAUCGCUUGAGCAACCUGAUGUGCCCUUUGCUGGAAGGAAGAGAGAGUGACGCCAACUCCUUCUCCUGCCAACAGACCUCCAGCAAACUCACCAUCCAUGUGAAAAGUGAGCUCUCCGGACUGCCCUUCUACUGGGAUUUCCACUGCCCCGCAGCUGCUGUGGAGAUGAUUUCCCGUCAUCUUGUGCGGCCCCUCAUCAGGAUGAGCCUGUCAUUGCAGUACCAGCUGCAAGAGCUGGCAUCUCUCCUGGUGCAGAAGGAUGCUGAGAUUGAAGACUACAGGGAGAGCGGGGCUGCUCUCAGCAGAGGACGCCUGAGGACCGCGCCCUUCCAGGAGAAAUCAUUUCUGCAGAAGUUUGUGGAUGAGAGUCUGCCCCAGCUGUGCGGUGCAGGGGACGGCCAGGCAUUCACAAGCACCCUGCAGCAUCUCUACACGGCCGUGGCCAGGCAGGAGGCGAGGGCAGCGCAGAAGCGGCACCACUCAGGGGAUGCCAAGACCCCAGAGCUCACCUCGUCUCCCCAGCUGGCUGGGGAGGCCAUGGACUCAUUGGUCACACUGGGUUCUCAGCAGGAAAAGGUUGAGCCACCCUCUGACCUGCCCCAGAGCCUGGGAGCCACAGCGACUCCCUCCUCUCCAGCCCAGAGAGCCCGACUGCCCGUGUCCAAGGCCAAGAGGAAGAAGGCAAAGGGGCUGUUCGGCUGACACACCGCUGCCCGUCCCCCUUGCUGUGGGAAGGGGUCUGGCCCCAGGCACUCGUUGCUCACCACGGCAGCUCCAGGACACCAGCACAGAGCCUUGAAUCCCUGACGCAGCAUCUAGAAGGGCCAAUCAGGGCUCCCUCUCCAGACAGCGGGUGGGGCCCUCUCCCCCCAUGGCAGAUCCUGAUGAAGGAGGUUCGUUCGGCCCCUUCUCACUUCACCUGUGGCCACUAGAUGCUGGGCAGUCUCUGGGGCCAGGCCUCUCCACUGGCAGAGCUGGUGUGGCAGGCAUCUCCUCUCCUCACACUGGCCUGGCUUUCCUGCCCAGCACUUACCCCGCCCGCCAGCUGUGGGCUGCCCCUCUCCGUGCUCCUGAGGGCUGAGAAUGUGGAUGAGCUGAAUGGAGGGGAGAGGGGCAGGUUCCUGUUCUUUCGACGGGUGGCUCCACACUUCCUUUUUUGCAAUAAAGGCCCCUCUCUGCCCGAG